AUCUGUGUCAACUUUUUUCGUUCGGGUGUUGUCACACCACAACAUCCAAAAUUCCUCGUAAAAAUGUUACCCAUUAAAAGAAAAAUCAAAAAUUAAAUUUUUACUUUCCUGGAUUGAAAACAAUCUCUUAAAACGUAAUCAUGGACAUGGCCAGCAAUUUUAACGACGAUGCACAACAUAAAAUUUAUCCGAAACACAAAGAAAACUGGAGAAUAAAUGUUUUAUCAGUACCAACUAAAAGAAUCGAAAAAUACGUACCACCACCAUACGCAAUAUUUACCGGGGUAAAUCCGGCGGCUUUAAAAGCUCCAAUAAAACCACGCGAUAAACAAUUGGCGAUGGCACCUUUAACGAAACUUAUUAACAAUAAAAAAACUUAUGCCCAUAAUCCCGCAAUAAGAAAAGAUUAUGUUACAAUUAUGGACACUCAAAUCCAUCACGCUUGGAACAACAUUUAUAAUGAGUACAAAAAAGUUCGACAUGAAAAGCAUUUAAAAUGGUUACAGUCUAGAAAAGGUAAAAGAGGGAAAAAACCACCUAGUAAAGGUGGCAAAGGUGCUAAAGAUAGUAAAGCAAAAGGAGUUAAAAGCAUCUAUUCGAUGAAUUCCGCCGAAUAUAAAAAACAUGUAGAAGAAUGGCUUGAAACAGCGGCAAAACCUAAACCAGUUCCAGAAGCACCACCCGUUGAUCGUGGACCUCAUUGUAACAUAGACGAUAUAAAAGAACACAUAGAUGCGUUGUCAACUCCCCCGACGGUUAAAGAGAAAUAUGUGGAACCACCACCUCCCAAACAUCUAGUAAAAGAGUCUGCAUUAUUAUAUGUACCUACCGAAAGAGUCCAACAAUUAGCAACAAUUCCACCUCGUAUGUUAAUAAAAGAACCUGAAUUUAAACCCGGAGCUGUUAAACGAGGAGCUUUAAUGCAUAAAACAACUGAGUACGAUAACAAGAUGUCUGUACCGCGCGCAAGAGCAAGUGCAAACGAUGCCGAUUUGAAAGAGGAUCCUUUCUCUAUUUCAAAGAAUGCAUUAAAAUAUAAAGCAAGCCCGAGAAUUAUCGAAUUAGCUAAACCACAGGCUAGAGGCUAGAUUAACACAGAAACAGGAACAUUACUUUAUACAUAUACACGUAUAAUGGUGUUAGAAAUCUCCAAGAAAAUUAAAAAUUUAACCAAAAAAAUCGAAAAAUAAAUAAUUGU